AUGGCACCAAGAGAAGAUUGGGAGAAGGUUAAAGCACCACUUGCAGAAGAAGAAGAUUUAACGAAGGAUGAUAAAGUAACGCCAUUGAGCGAAGGUGAUAUUCAAGUUUUAAAAACAUAUGCAGCAGCACCAUAUGCUGACAAAUUAAAAAGUAUCUCAGAUGAUAUAAAGGAUAUUGAAAAAAGAAUUAAAGAAAAAUCAGGGGUUAAGGAAAGUGAUACUGGUUUAGCGCCUUCCCAUUUGUGGGAUAUUAUGGGUGACUCAAAAAGAUUAAGUGAAGAACACCCCUUACAAGUAGCACGUUGCACCAAAAUUAUUAAAGCCAAUUCAGAAAAUAGCGCUGAUAAUAAUAACAACACCACUGCCAAUGCUAAUAAUGACCACAAUGAGGAGGAUCUUCCAAUAGGUAUGGACGAAGAAGAUGAAGAUGAUGACGAAGAUGCUAAAUAUGUAAUUAACUUGAAACAAAUUGCCAAAUUUGUUGUUGGUUUGGGCGAACGUGUUUCUCCCACAGAUAUCGAAGAAGGUAUGAGAGUUGGUGUUGAUAGGACCAGAUACCAUAUUGAACUACCCUUACCACCCAGAAUUGAUCCAAGUGUCACUAUGAUGACUGUUGAGGAAAAACCGGAUGUGACUUAUACAGACGUAGGAGGAUGUAAGGAACAAAUCGAAAAAUUAAGAGAGGUUGUUGAAUUGCCAUUACUAUCCCCUGAAAGAUUUGCCACGUUGGGUAUUGACCCACCUAAGGGUAUUUUACUAUAUGGACCACCAGGAACCGGUAAAACCCUAUGUGCCAGAGCGGUUGCCAAUAGAACCGAUGCUACCUUUAUUAGAGUUAUUGGUUCUGAAUUGGUUCAAAAAUACGUUGGUGAAGGUGCAAGAAUGGUUAGAGAAUUGUUUGAGAUGGCGCGUACUAAGAAGGCCUGUAUUAUAUUUUUCGAUGAGGUUGAUGCCAUUGGUGGUGCUCGUUUUGAUGAUGGCGCAGGUGGUGAUAAUGAGGUUCAAAGAACCAUGUUGGAAUUAAUUACACAAUUGGAUGGUUUUGAUCCUCGUGGGAACAUUAAAGUUAUGUUUGCUACCAACAGACCAAAUACACUAGAUCCUGCGUUAUUAAGACCAGGUAGAAUAGAUCGUAAAGUAGAAUUUUCACUACCUGACUUGGAGGGUCGUGCUAAUAUUUUUAGGAUCCAUACGAAGUCCAUGAGCGUAGAACGUGGUAUUAGAUGGGAAUUGAUUUCUAGAUUAUGUCCUAACUCAACAGGUGCUGAACUAAGAUCUGUUUGCACUGAGGCUGGUAUGUUUGCCAUCAGAGCUAGAAGGAAAGUUGCUACUGAAAAAGACUUUUUGAAGGCUGUGGAUAAAGUUAUUAACGGUUACAAGAAAUUUAGUUCUACUUCACGUUAUAUGCAAUAUAAUUAG